UUCUUAAACCCUCCCUCUUGUCUGAAGGCUGAUGGGCCCAAUAAAAUAGGUGAAAUGGUGCAUAUUUUGCUAUAUUUUUCGUCAAAAGGAGUACGCGAUUUUAUUCUGGGGAUCGUUUAACUUUUUGACCGCAUCACAAAGGAGAAUCUCGAAGAAGCUUCUCGUCGUGUUCGGCAAAGUUGACCGCAAUCGGAGCUGAAAGAAAAGAACUACAUUUGUGCAUCAAAAACUAAACAGCAUGAGUCAGAAGACGGAGCGUCGCGGCAUCCACGUGGACCAGUCGGAGCUACUGUGCAAGAAGGGAUGCGGUUACUAUGGCAACGCUGCCUGGCAGGGCCUGUGCUCCAAAUGCUGGAGGGAGGAGUACCAACGGGUGCGCCAGAAGCAGAUCCAGGACGACUGGGCCUUGGCUGAAAAGUUGCAGCGAGAAGAGGAGGCAGCCGCGUACGCCAGCAGUCACGGUGCUCCGGCCCAGACCCAGUCCACGCCGCCUUCGUCCCAGUCCUCGCUCGGACCCUUUUCCAAGUUUGAGGAGAAGAAAACCAACGAGAAGACACGCAAAGUAACCACCGUCAAGAAGUUCUUCAGCUCUUCGUCGCGCAGCGCUUCCAAGAAAGAGUCCCCGGAGGUGAAGGUGAGCAGUCCGUCCGUGAGUCGCCAUGCCAGCUUUGACUCGGACCAGGUGUCCAAGGACUUUGCAGACUUCUUGAAGAACCUGCAGCGGCCCGGCCGUGAGAUCCACAAGCAGUGCCGCAGCUUCCUGCUCAGCAUGUCCAGCAAGAAGGAACUCAACGCAGAAGAAGUGUCGGAGUGCGUUCAGGACUUUUACCAAGGCCUGGCGGACCGGUUGAUGAGUCACUUCAAAGGUUCCUCCGAGUCGGUGGAGCAGGUGAUGGACCAGGUGGAGAAGUACAUCAUGACCCGUUUGUACAAAAACGUCUUCUGCCCGGAAACCACAGACGACGAGAAGAAGGACUUGGCUAUGCAGAACCGAAUCAGAGCUCUCCACUGGGUCAAUGUCCAGAUGCUUUGCGUGCCAAUGGACGAGGAGAUUCCGGAAGCCUCUGAGAACGUGGUCAAAGCCAUCACUGACAUCAUCGAGAUGGACUCCAAGAAGGUACCCCGUGACAAGCUGGCGUGCGUGACGCGCUGCAGCAAGCACAUCUUCGCCGCCAUCGGCAGCACCAAGAGCGAGCCGGCGUCGGCCGACGACUUCCUGCCGGCGCUCAUCUACAUCGUCCUUAAGGCCAACCCGCCGAGACUGCAGUCCAACAUCCAGUACAUCACACGCUUCUGCAACCCCAGCAGGCUGAUGACCGGCGAGGACGGCUACUACUUCACCAACCUGUGCUGCGCGGCGGCCUUCAUCGAGAAGCUGGACGCCCAGUCCCUCAACCUCACCACAGAGGAGUUCCAGUCCUACAUGUCGGGGCAGGCUUCGCCGCACUCCGACCGGAACCGCCCUGACGCCACCGACUCUCCGGCCCUCAACCCGGCGCUGGCCCAGCUGCGGCGCAACCUCACGCUCUUGUCGGAUCUGGACGGCCGCCAGGACACGCUGAUGGAGGCUGCCCGCAAUCUGCACGCCGAGCUGCUGUCCUGGUCCGAGAGCGUGCGGGGGGAGGUCAGGGACGUCCUGGAGAAAUACCCGCUGAACGUGAGCCGGCCCGCCGACGGCGACGACCAGCUCGGCGAGCCUGCGGCGGGCCGGCUCUUUGCUGGCUGACCAAACACAACACACCUGCUUGCAAAGGUCCACGCAUUCCAUUCAAUACGCUUUUUAGUGUUUCGAAAUUAAGUCCACUAUGCUCACUCCAAACUGGACAAACUUGAACGAAGGCCCACCUUAACGGUGGUAUUUUUUCAAAAAAAUGAUGACAUUUUUAACUAUUAUUUAAAUAUUAGCUGCAUAUUAAAAUGUUUUUAAUACGACUACUUGAGGCUAUACGACUAGGCUAGAUUGCAAGACAAGACAAAAAAGUUGCUCCGAUAUUCUUUAAAUUGUGACUUUACCCUCCUGGAUAAAUAUCCAACUGUUUCAUGACACAACACAUACUGACAAGUAAAAACAGAAAUGCAAUUAAAAGUUUAUUUAUUAUUGUUACUGCCA